CUUCGUCACUGACCGCGAAUGACUUCGACGCGGAAAUUCUCUGAAAACGCAGACACCCUUCUCCUUCUUCUUCCUCUUGCUCCUCUUUAAAUCUCCUCUUAAUUCCUACUUUCUCUCUCCUCUGUAACACGACGGAGAGAGAAACAACUAAUACAACCAAAAUUGAUCAUACUAUUAAUCGAAAGAGGAAAAUGGCGCCGGCUAUGGAUCAACGGCCAAGAUCGUUAAAGCCUAUCACCAUUCAUGCCUUUGCUCAGUCUGGUGAUCUUUCUGGGUUUCAGAGAUUGCUUAAAGAACGCCCUUCUCUUCUCAACGAACGUAAUCCCGUUAUGGUGCAGACUCCUCUUCAUGUUGCUGCUGGUUACAACAAUGUUGAGAUUGUUAAAGUUUUGCUGAAUUGGACGGGAUUAGAGAAGGUUGAGCUGGAAGCCAAGAAUAUGUAUGGGGAGACUCCAUUACACAUGGCCGCAAAAAAUGGCUGCAAUGAAGCUGCUAAGCUGCUUCUUUCUUAUGGUGCUUUUGUGGAGGCCAAGGCCAAUAAUGGAAUGACACCCUUACAUUUGGCUGUUUGGCAUUCACUUAGAUCAGAUGACUGCUCAACAGUCAAUACCUUGCUUGAGUAUAACGCUGAUUGCAGUGCUAAGGACGAUGAUGGAUCGACUCCUCUGAACCAUUUAACACCAGGCCCCGGAGGUGAGAAAUUGCGGCAGAUACUAAAUCAGUAUCUUGAGGAGCAGAGGAAGCGUAGAGCUCUUGAAAAAUGUAGUCAGACGAAAGCUAAGAUGGAUGAACUUGAGUGUGAAUUGUCAAAUAUCGUGGGUUUAAGUGACCUGAAAUUGCAGUUGAGGAAGUGGGCGAGGGGAAUGCUUCUUGAUGAAAGGCGUAGGGCUCUUGGAUUAAAAGUGGGUGCUCGAAGACCACCGCACAUGGCAUUCCUUGGCAAUCCAGGAACAGGCAAAACUAUGGUGGCCAGAAUUCUUGGAAAAUUACUACAUAUGGUAGGAAUUUUACCAACUGAUAAAGUGACAGAAGUGCAGAGAACAGAUUUGGUGGGUGAAUUCGUUGGUCACACUGGGCCGAAGACUAGGAGAGCGAUCAAAGAAGCUGAAGGGGGGAUUCUUUUUGUGGAUGAAGCCUACCGUCUUAUACCGAUGCAGAAAUCAGAUGAUAAGGAUUACGGGUUGGAGGCUUUAGAGGAGAUUAUGUCAGUAAUGGACAAUGGGAAGAUAGUUGUCAUAUUUGCUGGAUACAGUGAACCUAUGAAACGGGUAAUAUAUUCCAAUGAAGGAUUUUGCAGAAGGGUGACUAAGUUUUUCCAUUUUGAUGAUUUUGAUUCAAAGGACCUAGCCAACAUAACCCAUGUAAAGAUGAAUAACCAAGUAGAAAGUAGCUUAUUAUUCGGGUUCAGGCUACAUUCAGCAUGCACCCUGGAUGCUAUUGCAGCAUUGAUCGAGCGAGAAACCACUGUAAAGCAACGACAAGAGAUGAACGGAGGUUUGAUAGACCCGAUGUUGGUUAAUGCUCGAGAGAAUUUGGACCUUAGACUCAGUUUUGAUUGUAUGGACACGGAUGAGUUGUUGACAAUCACUAUGGAGGAUUUAGAGGUAGGGCUUGGAUCUCUGUCGCAAUGAGAGUUAGGUGUGGACCAACAAAGAAGGGGGUUAUUCAUAGUAGUUAAGGGGGAUAGGGGGUUAUAAUCAAUCUUUCCUCUUGGUGUUCAUCAAUCAUCAAUCAUCAUUCUCAAUUCUUUUGUAUUAGAGAGCUGUUCAUUACUUCUCUAUUCUUGGUGCUGCAGGAAAGGCAUUCUUUUGUCCUCUUUUAUUGCUCAUAUUUAUCUUCUGUAGUUUCAGUUGUUCAAGUCUAAUUGAUUGUAAGAUUGAUAUAAAUUAAUGUACAAUGAAUUUUGUAAUAAAUCAAGUUUCUGUAUGAAGAACAAAAAUGUCGAUUCUAAUGUAUCUCCGGAAAAUAAUUGAGGAUGA